AUGCACACAAGAGACUUUGAGCAAUUUAACGACCCACGCAAGCUCCACGAGGCUUCAGGUCGGUUCACAGAAAGUCCGUACAUUGGUGAUGCCAGCACCGAGUUUAACGAGUACGUGUGGACGUGCUGGACAAUGUACUGUGAGCUGCCGAACACGUUCGUUGCCCCGUCUGUGGCGGUGGUUCAGAGCUCCGGCUUCGGUAAGAGCCGAAUGUUGUUUGAACUCGCACGAAAGGCGAGCGGGGACGAUGCCAAGAUGAAAGUAAUUUACACGUGCGACCGCCCGCUCACGUCGACGGGGUAUCCGAAGGCGACGAAGGAGCUUCGAGAGUGGAUGUUCAAUGAUAUGUCAACUCCGGCGAGUAUCGCGGAUCAAUUGAAGAGCACCGCUACGGAGCUAGUCGAGAGGUAUGGAAUCAUUCCGUGCACGCGGGACGAAGCAGUCGGACUGGCAGCGAAUAAACUGUUGCUGGGACUCCCCCCGCGGCCUCGGAACUACCGGAAAGAUACCAUGUUUGGUGUCGCGUCCAUGCUUUGUAGACUAGGUGUGCGUCCGCGUUCGACGUCGCCGUUGGCAUCUCAAGCCGUCGGUAAUUAUAUGGCAGUUCUGGCGUAUGUAAGCUACGAGACAGAAGGCUUGGUAUGCAGCUACGCGUCGGACCCGAUACUAACUCUAGGCGCAAUGAAGGUGUGGUAUGGACUCCGAAACGCUCUAGAGGAGUUCAUUUUGCCUCAAUUCGAGACGUUAGUGCUUAACGAAUCCCUUGAUAUCGGUGGUGUUGAGGAGGUAGUCGCUUGUAUCGUGCUGCUCCUCGCGAUGGACAGACUGUCGCCUUCGUUUGUAUUUGGAAGCGGUGAGAGCUCUGAAAAGAGCCAAACAGAGCAGGGUCGUGGGAACUCUUUGAGUGAGAAGCUUAUCAGGGACGUAAUCCGAAUCUCCAUGAACAUGCAAGAUCGUAACCAGAACCAGCGCUUCGUUUACGCAGCUGGGGAUGGCGAUUGCACGGGAUCAGACACGAAAGAGGCUGCUGCUGCAUCGUCGGACUUUGGCUUUACGCUAUGUUUCCAAUCAGUGAGCAAGAAGACAUUUACAUUCUUGACUGAGGGCGUGGCUUGUAGAUUAAGAAGCCUGCUGAAACCUGCUUGGGAUCCCAUGGUGGCUGUCAUUGGCGACUUGGAAUAUCGUAGGGACGAGGAGAAAAGGAAAGCCGGUGAUCUCUUCACGCCAAAAUUGUCACAAGCGAUGACAGACAAGAAACUCAUGAUGAUUGCAAGUCGGGGGCUUUUGGAUCCACCUGGAUUAAAACCCAACACUGCGAAACCAGCUCGUGAGUUUCCAAGAGAUGCCUAAGCAUUCACUUUUGCUGGAAACGAUGCUGCGCACGUGGUUCUUACAAGUACCAACGAGGAGUCUUUUUUACAAGAGGAUGAGUUGAUGUCAACUCGAAAGACGAUGCAAGGGCGGGUAGUCUGUCAGUGCACCCACGUGAUUUACUCUAUUUAUCUGGUAUUAAAAUGAUACUAUUUCCG